AUGCACCAUGUCCCGGAGGUGCAGCAGAAGCACCUGGAGUACCUCCAAGACCCUCCUGGUCUUCAACUCUACACCAAGGUGGGGACACAACAUAAGGGCGGCAAAGAGCUGGACAUCCUUAGGUGUGGCAGGGGGUCCUCCUUCCUGGAGAGUUUUCACCGACACCAGUGUGCUUUUAUCCCAGACGAGCGCACAGCGGUGGAGUAUUUAUUGGGCCAGACCAACAGAGGGGACCUGCUUGCUCCAGCACCUGCCCCUGAAAACCCCUCACAGGUGCUUGAGGAGGAGGAGGCAUAUGCCUCCACACACAUGCCCGAGCUGUUGGCUGGUGAUGCCAGGGACCAGUUGUUGGAGGGUGACACUGAACCCAUUGAACCUGUCACACCCGAGACCAGCCAAUGUGACUCCAGAGGUGUUGUGGGAGGGGAGAGUGUUGAUGCCCUGGCAGCCUAUCUCGCUGGCCUGAACCGCACCACCACCGCUUUGUCAGCCAAGGAGGAGGCAGAGAUAGUGUGUCUGUACACAGCUCUAAUGGACAAGGCACCUUCAAGGUACAGCCAGAAGGGUAGAUAG